AUGGCGGCGGCCGAGCCCAAGACCCCCGCGGGGACGGCCGCGGCCCGACGCCUGGCCCGGAGCUGCUGGUCCGCGUUCUGGGACUACGAGACGCCCAAGGUGAUCGUGGUGAAGAACCGGCGCCUGGGCAUCGUGUACCGCGCGGUGCAGCUGCUCAUUCUGCUCUACUUCGUGUGGUACGUGUUCAUCGUGCAGAAGAGCUACCAGGACAGCGAGACGGGCCCCGAGAGCUCCGUCAUCACCAAGGUCAAGGGCAUCACCUCGUCCGAGCACAAAGUGUGGGACGUGGAGGAGUACGUGAAACCCCCCGAGGGGGGCAGCGUGUUCAGCAUCAUCACCAGGAUCGAGGUCACCCCCUUCCAGACCCUCGGAACCUGCGCCGAGAGUAUGAGGGUCAGAAACGCCACGUGCGACUCGGACGAGGACUGCGUGGCUGGGCAGCUGGACAUGCUGGGAAACGGCCUGCGGACCGGGCGCUGCGUGCCUUAUUACCACGGGUCCUCCAAGACCUGCGAGGUGUCCGGCUGGUGCCCGGUGGAAGACGGGGCCUCAGUCAGCCAGUUUCUCGGUAAGAUGGCCCCGAAUUUCACCAUCCUCAUCAAGAACAGCAUCCACUACCCCAAAUUCCAGUUCUCCAAGGGCAACAUCGAGAACCGGAAGGAUGGCUACCUGAAACACUGCACAUUCCAUGAGGUCUCUGACCUCUACUGCCCCAUUUUCAAGCUGGGCUACAUCGUGGAGCAGGCAGGGGAAAACUUCACGCAGCUGGCACACGCGGGUGGUGUAAUUGGGGUCAUUAUCAACUGGGACUGUGACCUGGACCUGUCGGCGUCAAAGUGCAACCCCAAAUACUCCUUCCGGAGGCUCGACCCCAAGCACGUCCCAGCCUCAUCUGGCUACAACUUCAGGUUCGCCAAGUAUUACAAAGUAAACGGUAGCACCACCCGCACACUCAUCAAAGCCUACGGGAUCCGAAUUGACGUCAUCGUGCACGGACAGGCAGGGAAGUUCAGCCUGAUUCCCACCAUCAUUAACCUGGCCACAGCGCUGACCUCUAUCGGGGUGGGCUCCUUCCUGUGCGACUGGAUCUUGCUAACGUUCAUGAACAAAAACAAGGUCUACAGCCAUAAGAAAUUUGACAAGAUGGUGGAUGCUCCCAAGCGGGGUGCAGGACCAGGGCUUGGCGCCUCUGAGCCUUCCCAACAGGACUGCGCUCUCACAGACGCCCGAGGUUUGGCCCAGCUCUGA